GGCGAUUGUCAUGUUAAACAGUAUUGAGGCGCUAUGGAUACGGAUAUUCAUGAAGGCGAGGGCCUAGAACCCCCAAGGGAUGGUCUGAACAACCAGGGCGUCUACAUCUAUGCACCUCCGAAGCAGUCUAAAGGCAAUGGCGAGCGAGCACCAAAGCGGCGCAAGAUACAUUCGAAUACAGCACACAAUACCGUCGAGGGCGUACCGUUUGUACCGCUAUUGAAUGGAGAAGAGGACGCCGAGUCGGUCAGGUGCAGAUACACCACUUACAAACAGUUUUGGUCUCAGCAGGAUAGGAAGAUUCAGGCUAUCCUAAAAGAGGUUGACUCCAAGGUUCUUGAAAGCGUUUCGUCUUUCGUACAGACUACUUCUCCCGAGACCUACAAUGAUUGCAUACCAACCGCGCUGGUUACCGUUGGCUCCAAUGUCUCCGCCCUCAGCAGAUUGCUUUCCCGACUGAACAGCCGCCUGACUACUUCGGGAGAAGGUGGUGUGGUAGCCAUCGAAUCCGGAGAUGCACACAACCUCAAGACAGCUCUCAAGAAUAUCAUUCGUGGCGCUAUUACAAAUACGGAAGGGAGUGAUGGGUUUCAAAGAUUUUUGACUGACAGGGCAGGCCCUCGGCUUCUAGGGUACGACCUUGAACUUCUCAGUGACUAUGUGAACAGGAAGGGAAUCAAAAAGCUUGUCUUGGUGCUCAGAGAUAGCGAAGCUUUUGAUGCGGGGCUUAUGAUUGAUCUUCUUUCACUGUUAAGCUCCUGGCUCGACCGUAUACCGUUUGUAUUGCUACUCGGUAUUUCCACGUCAGUCGAGAUUUUUGAGAGCCGACUACCGCGUUCCAGUGUUGCAUUACUCCGAGGCAAACAUUUUGAAAUCCAUGAGAUGGGUGAUUGUGUUGAUCGGAUCUACGAGGCAAUCCAGGCGGAUCAGGAUGCAAAACUCUGGGUUGGACACAAUGUGACAGCUGCUGUGUUCGAAAGAUGGACGGACCAUUUCCAAAGUCCCGAGACGUUUAUCAACACGCUAAAGUAUUCCUACAUGUCGCAUUUCUUUGCGAAUCCCUUGACCGCGCUUCUGGCGGAUUCUGUGCCUGCUAAUCCGCCGUCAACCGUCCUUUGCGAGGCUAUUAGGAACGUACCUUCAUUCCGAAGCUAUUGUGAAGCUCUUCUCGAAAAUAAUUCUCAUGAAGUGCGCAAACUCCUAGAGGAAGACGCGUACCUUCUUCAAGAGAUGCAGCAGCAUAUCAAAAUGGGGCAGACAAAAAUGCGCCACAUCUCCCAAGCUGUGGUAGUCAUACAAAUCUUUUCCAAGAAAUUGCAGAUUUCGAGAAAAAGCAGUGUGUCAGACGUGUCUAUCCGUGCUCUUUCGGGAGAUUUACAAAAUUCCCCUUUGGUUGAAGAUCUCCUUGAAGCUAUUAAGAAAGCGGACUCCAAUCAACUCGAUGAACUUCUCUCAUCUCUACUAGCGAUAAUAUCUGGGCAACGCCCAGAGUUUCCACGAAUAGAGAAGGAUCUUAAGGCUCUGCUCGUCACUCACAAAGGUGCGGAGCCACUUCGCAGCGAAUACCACAUGCGCAAUACGGUCAUCCAGACAACAGUUGUCAAGAAGCAAAUCAAACUCACCAAAAGCAAAGCAAAACUACCUCAAGAAGUUAUCCAGUACACUCAGAUUGUCGACCGCUUGCAUGCAGCCUUUGAAUCUUACUUCACUGAAACUCUGAUCCAACCUCAGGAUUUGGUCAUGCAUGAGGUCUUCCUGUUUGACUUCAAAUAUCCAUUGAAGGAGGUAUUUGCGCCCAGAUCGCGGUUCGUCACGGAGCGGGCAUUGUCAACACCGUUUGACUAUCUGAUGUCCACAACAUCAGAAGCACCGGGUCGUCAAAGGUCCGCGAAACAACCAGCUACGGCUAUUCUAUAUCAGCUGUACUUGGAGUCCGGGGCGCUGGUAAAUGUAUACGACCUGUGGAGCGCCUUCUUUGCUGUAUUUGAGGCCGACCAGGGCGACGAAUACGACGAACGCAUGACCAUGACGCUCUUUUACAAGGCCUUGUCCGAGCUGAAGGUCCUGGGCCUGGUGAAAACCAGUCGGAAGAAGGUCGAUCAUAUUUCGAAAUCUGCUUGGUUAGGUUUAUAAGACUUCUUACUUGCCAGGAAUUGUACUAGAUAAAGUCUGUUUCAUUUUCAAGGGGUAUCAUAAAUGUACAAUAAGAUAUCGUUACAAAGGCCGCGUCUUUUGAUUUUGUAGACAUUCCCAUUUGGCUCCUUUCCUGCCUUGGACAUACCUUAAUUGCUCUGCACUGGUUGUAUAAUAUUGUCGCUUCCCAGCGGGUCUCCUCUGUCUCCAAGCACCAUCGCUUCUCUCCGGCGCCGUCUCUGAGCCUGCUCCUCUGCGCUCUCUGAACGGACGCGUCUACCUGC